GUGGAGUGUGCUCCCCUUUUCCCUUCUAUUCGUUUUUCUUAGGUGUCAAAGGUAAUGGUGAGCUGGUGGAUGCUGUCGGCUUCCCUUAAUGUUUUGUGUUUUGGUGUGGUUUGGUUUAUGUUUAGGGACACGGUGAAUGAUGUAGUUUAGUCCUGGGGGAGAAGAGGAAGUUUAGCCAAAACAGGGAUGUAAAGCUCAUAAGGGAGGGAGGAGGAGCUCAUGUUAUUAGAUGCCACGCUAGGGCUACAGAUGCUGUUGCUGCGUUGUGCAGAGAACCGAUCAUACCGAGGGGGAAACUCUCUGCUUGGAAGGGAAUCACUGUGGAGCCUGUGCAAUGUUUAUGGGAGUGGACAGGCCAAAAUCUCAUCAAGUUCGAACCUCUGGUACAAUAAGGCGAACCUCUUCUUUGGAUACGAUAACAGGACCUUAUCUCACAGGACAGUGGCCACGAGAUCCUCAUGUUCAUUACCCUUCAUGCAUGAAAGAUAAAGCUACUCAGAGUGGACAGGCCAAAAUCUCAUCAAGUUCGAACCUCUGGUACAAUAAGGCGAACCUCUUCUUUGGAUACGACCUUAUCUCACAGGACAGUGGCCACGAGAUCCUCAUGUUCAUUACCCUUCAUGCAUGAAAGAUAAAGCUACUCAGGUAAAAUAAGCAAAUCAAAAUCAGUUCUUCUAUUUUGAUCACAGUAAAGAAAAUUAAUUUAAUCAAAUUUUCCCAGUUAUUAAAUAUAUUCAACCAAAGAAGAAAGCCAUUUCUUUUAAUAAACUUUAGACUAAGUAUUUUUAUCAUCUCGGUUUUGAAAGUUUUUAAAUUAUUUAAUAUUUAAUAAAUAGCACAUCAGUCUACAUUGUGUGGUUUUUGAGACUUAUAGUUUUAGGAAUUAUUUUCCUACAGAAAUUAAUGACUAGUAACUGUAUUAGAAAAUACAGGCAUAUCUCG